AUGGCGUUAAACAUGACGGUCGAGCCAGUUCUCGAUAUCGAGGACGCUUUGGUUUCCGACGACAAUCCAGCACGCAAUGACGGCACCUUCGACUAUGAGCGCUGUGCCAGACUACACAAUUACCUGGUCGCAUAUGCGUGGAUGGCCCGCCACGGACGAGACACGCCCGACCUCGAUGCGCUAAGUGAAGAGAAAUGGUUCUUCAGCGACCGGAAUCCGGAUCGAGAUGCAAACCGUGAGCUCCUGCAUCCAUCCCUCAGCUCUUUCCUGGAUAUGAUCUACGAUCCUCAACCGGGGCUCUUCUACUGGAUCGUUGGUCUCGCAAUGGACCCCUGCGAUGGAACUUUUUUUAUGGAAGACAAUGAGCUCGAAGAUGAAGGGAAAGCGCGCUUUGUCAUAAUCUAUAAUACCACGCCUGAUCUAUGCUCUCAUUGUCUCGGGGUCGUCUACGACCAGCAGCUCCAUAGGGCCUCGUUCCCUUUGACCAUCGACGACACUGAAAAUGUGACGCCUGUUGAUGAACACGAGGAAUUCUGGUUCCCGUUGGAGACUAUUCUUACCCACUGGAUCUCCUUGAUUCGUCUAGGCAAGGUGGUUGCCGGGCUGCCGGAGUGCGACUCUAAGCACCGAUCCCAGCUUGGGUUGUGGUCGUGGCUUCCCUAUUGCGACGCCCAGGUUGAUAACACUGUAGCCGCGAUUGAUCGCUACCUAGUCGCGGUCGAAUCACGAAUGCCCGCCGGCUCACUUCUACCUGUAACUGGGCCUCUCUUCACAGAUACAGAACUAGACGCGGCAUCUGUGCCGCAGGAAUGCUUUAUUCGCUCGGUUCUGACACGGAUGAAUUCCCCGCGCUUCAGAUUCAUUGCACCCGGACUUGAGGUCCCGCAUGACAAGGAGGCGUUCGCGAGACGCCAAAACUUUACUCGCUUGCCUUGCGAGGAGGGAACCAUGCCAGCAGUCUUGAUUUUUGCAGCAUCAGGCCGAACUGUGGACUUCAGCAUGGAAUUACGAGGCCUGUUCUUCCAAUAUGUUCACAAUGAAGAUCCGCCUAUGAGCAUCGGUGCUCCUGUAUUUGCGGGAUUGUAUAGCGAGCCUGCAUCCCGAAGUUACCCCGAUACAGAGGAGGCAGGAUUCCGCCUUUUGCUUCCAUUUGCUUUACGACCUGAUACGCGUGAUGUGGAUGGGGCGCGGAUGAGUGAUGGUCAAUUAGUCCAGACAGGCUCAUUCACAGAUCUUUUUCAACAUGGCUGGUUUCAUCCCUUUGGAGGUGACCAGCGGUCGCAGAGGAUGGAAAGGCUAUUCGACCGGUGGACCGAGCUGAUCGAAAGUGGUGUAUGGACAGUGGGUGAAGAGGGUGUGCAAGGAGGAAUUGAAACAUUCCGCGAUGCAGAUAAUGGCAACGGUGCCUGGAGAGAUUACUGGAUUCCACCAGACUGGUAA